AUGGGUUCAUGCUUCUCCUCAAACGUCACUUGUACCUCCGAUCCAUCCACGGCCAAAGUCAUCUCUGCUAUUGGCAAUCUCCGUGAGUAUCCCCUACCCUUGACAGUAUCCCAAGUCCUCCAAAUCGAGACCUCUUCGUGGCUCCUCUCCAAUUUCGGUUCCCCCUUAUUAGACGACUACACUCCCGCUCUCGAUUCCUAUGAAGAACUUCAGGCAGGUCAGAUCUAUUUCCUCCUUCCCACCACUCAUCUACACUAUCGCCUCCUUGGUCCUGACAUGGCCGCCCUCGCUGUGAAAGUUAGUACGGUGCUCUCCCAGGAAAAACGUUUGACGGAAUAA